AGGGUGAGCGAUUUCCUUCCGGCACGUCGCCCGCUCCGGGGGAGGGGGCGGGGGGUUUCACUUCCGGGACGGUGUUCCGGCCCAUUCCGGCCCAUUUCCACCCCCGGAGCUCUCACUCCUCCAGUGCCGACGGUGGAGAAAGACUUUACUCCAGGGUCUUCCUCCUCACUGGGGAAUUGCCGGAAAGAGCAAACAAAAAAGGCGCUGGUGUAGGCUCCAAAAUAAACACAUCUGAAUUCAUGAUGGCAUCGACAGAGGCUCUUAUUGGAUUAAAAGUUUCAAAACAAACAAUAACGCUUUGGAAAAAGGGUUGAAUGCCUGCCUGCACCUUCAGGCACGACCAUGGAGAAAGGUGGGAACAUACAAUUGGAGAUCCCUGACUUCAGCAACUCAGUCCUCAGCCAUCUAAAUCAACUGCGCAUGCAGGGCCGUCUCUGUGAUAUUGUGGUCAAUGUGCAAGGACAAGCUUUUCGGGCUCAUAAAGUGGUACUGGCUGCCAGUUCCCCCUAUUUCCGGGAUCAUAUGUCCUUGAAUGAAAUGAGUACUGUCUCCAUUUCAGUCAUCAAGAACCCUACUGUUUUUGAACAGCUUCUUUCUUUCUGUUACACGGGGCGGAUAUGCCUGCAACUGGCAGAUAUCAUCAGCUACCUAACAGCUGCCAGUUUUCUGCAAAUGCAGCAUAUUAUAGACAAAUGUACACAGAUCCUAGAGGGUAUUCAUUUCAAAAUUAAUGUGGCUGAGGUUGAAGCAGAAUUAAGUCAAACAAGGACAAAGCAUCAAGAUAGGCCUCCUGAGUCUCACAGGGUUACACCAAAUCUAAACCGCUCCCUUAGCCCACGACAUAAUACCCCAAAGGGAAACCGGCGAGGGCAGGUCAGUGCUGUGCUAGAUAUCAGAGAGCUAAGUCCCCCUGAGGAGUCCACCAGCCCUCAGAUAAUUGAACAGAGUUCUGAUGUAGAAAGCCGGGAGCCCAUUCUUCGAAUCAACCGAGCAGGACAGUGGUAUGUGGAGACAGGAGUAGCAGACCGGGGUGGCCGGAGUGAUGAUGAAGUUAGAGUUCUUGGAGCAGUGCACAUCAAAACUGAAAAUCUCGAGGAGUGGCUUGGGCCUGAGAAUCAGCCUUCUGGAGAAGAUGGGAGUAGUGCAGAGGAAGUCACAGCCAUGGUAAUUGACACCACAGGCCAUGGUUCUGUAGGACAGGAGAGUUACACCUUAGGGUCUUCAGGAGCCAAGGUGGCUCGGCCAACAAGCAGUGAAGUUGACAGAUUCAGCCCCUCCGGCAGUGUUGUCCCCUUGGCUGAGAGACACAGAGCCCGAAGUGAGUCUCCUGGGAGAGUGGAUGAGCCCAAGCAGCCAAGCUCCCAGGUAGAAGAAUCAGCAAUGAUGGGAGUAAGUGGCUAUGUGGAGUAUCUCCGAGAACAGGAAGUAUCUGAACGGUGGUUCCGAUACAAUCCCCGUCUCACCUGCAUCUAUUGCGCAAAAUCUUUCAACCAAAAGGGGAGCCUAGACCGCCAUAUGCGCCUACAUAUGGGGAUCACACCAUUUGUCUGCCGCAUGUGUGGCAAGAAGUAUACCCGGAAAGAUCAGCUGGAGUAUCAUAUUCGCAAGCACACAGGCAACAAGCCCUUUCAUUGUCAUGUCUGUGGCAAAAGUUUUCCCUUCCAGGCCAUCUUGAAUCAGCACUUUCGUAAAAACCACCCUGGCUGUAUACCCCUGGAGGGGCCUCACAGCAUCUCUCCUGAAACAACUGUCACAUCUCGAGGACAAGCUGAAGAAGAGUCACCUUCCCGGGAAGAGACAGUUGCUCCUGGGGAAACUGCCCAGGGCUCUGUGUCCACCACUGGGCCAGAUUGAGACAUUGAGGGGAAGGGGGCAGACCCUCUUCCCCUUUGGGCCGUAAACAGCCUGCAUCAGGGCCAUGGACUGGUACUUAGAUUCACAAAAUGCCACCUCAUUAAACCAGAAGAUGCUCCCAAGAUGUUGCCAAACUAGAGGAUCAACAACAUACACAGAAGCACUAAAGGCUCUUCCCCUCCUCCUUCCCUCCUCACACUUUGGAAAAAAUCAAGCAAAUCAACUUUCUAAUUCAGGGAUCAACAGCCUUGGUUUGUUAACUUUAUAAGAAAAACUUUUUUUUUUAGCAAAACUAUGAUAAAUGGUCAUUUAUCUACCAGUUGUGUUUGAACACUGUACUUUGGUCCAUAACAUCUUGGUGGCUAUAAUUGCCAGGAUCUAAAAAAUGCAACAGGAGUCUUGGCCAUCUGAAGCAGCCAGCCACGAGAGAGAAGGAGGUAGUCAUGGUGAGGAGGAAGAAUCUCUCCUCUUCCUUCCCUGCCGUAAUGUGCAUUUUCACAUCAAGAAAAAAAGAGUGAAUACUGGUGGUUCUUACUGUUCUGCAAGCAUCACAAGUCUAAACCAUUUC